AUGAGCAACUCAGAUCAACACGAUGAUAAAGAAUUUUCUGAAGCAAGUUCACCACCUCAACCCCAACCAUCGUUACAAGAUCCACAACAUAUAACCCGUCGUGUGGCAAAAGAAUUAACACCUUUUCAACGCAUGUUUUCUGAACCAAGUCUCCCGCCUCAACCUCAACCAUCAGUACCAAAAUUGACGCCAUUUCAAAGGAUGUUUUCUAAACAAAUUCCACCACCUCAACCCACGGUUCAACGUCCUGUUCCUCAACUAAGACCGUUUCAUUUUCAGCCAAUAUUUUCUCAUCCAAUUCCACCACCUCAACCGUUAAUUCCACCACCUCAACAGCCAAUCUUGUAUUUCCCUCCUCGACCAUCACAUCCUCCUCCUCCUUCUCCACCUUACCAACCUCCUCGCGUCCGUGCUCGUCUUAACCUACGAAGGGAAAAAAGUGAAACCAUCCCUAUUCCUUUUCCAUGGGCUACUAACCGAAGAGCAAAGCUUCACAGUUUGCAUUACCUUCGCCAAAAUGGAAUAGUUAAUAUCACUGGAGAUGUCCAAUGCAAGAGAUGCGAAACAACUUAUCAAAUGUCAUUUGACGUGCGGGAGAAGUUUCCUGAACUCUGGAAAUAUAUUCUCGAAAACAGGCAAUUCAUGAAUGAUAGGGCGCCACCAAAUGUAUGGAUGAAUCCAACAUUGCCGGACUGUGUGCAUUGUAAUCAAGAAAACUGUGUGAAACCGAUAAUCGCCAAGAAGAAAAAGGAUAUCAAUUGGCUGUUUCUUUUGCUAGGUCAAUUGCUUGGCUGUUGCAACCUUGCACAGUUGAAAUAUUGCUGCAAACACACCAACAAUCAUCGAACCGGCGCAAAGGAUAGAGUUCUUUAUUUAACCUAUCUCGCACUCUGCAAGCAACUUGAUUCUUCCGGACCUUUUAAUCUUUGA